CUCACAAACAGCAGACACAAAACGCGAGCGUUCGUUCGUUGAAUGAAGGAGGAGGAGGAGGAGGGAGAAGGAAAGGACUCUGUCCCUGAAAUUUACAGACUCGUAAUACUUACACACUUCCCUCCAUUUCAGAUCCAAAUCUCUAUUACCAUCUGCUCAACUCUACUUCUCCCGCUGUUAUUCAUCGCUAAAAGCAAUUGGACCGCGGUCAUCAUAUUUGGAACGACAAAUUUAUGAUUGUCAGCUAAGGUGGUUCGUGAUUGAUCGCGCGUUCGAUUUGAUAAUUUGACUGUUGUCGAUUGGAUCAGACUGAACUUUCUCAGACACAAUUAUGAAUCCCUUCUCUUCAGGGACGCGCUUGAGGGACAUGAUUCGGGCUAUACGUACCUGCAAAACAGCAGCAGAAGAACGUGCUGUUGUGAGAAAAGAGUGUGCUGCUAUUCGUGCUGCGAUUGAUGAAAAUGACCAGGACUAUAGGCAUCGGAAUCUGGCUAAGCUAAUGUUCAUACACAUGCUUGGCUACCCAACACAUUUUGGUCAAAUGGAAUGCCUCAAGUUAAUUGCUUCUCCCGGCUUUCCAGAGAAGAGAAUAGGUUAUCUUGGCCUUAUGUUGCUUCUUGAUGAAAGACAAGAGGUUCUGAUGUUGGUCACAAACUCCUUGAAACAAGAUCUUAAUCACGCAAAUCAGUAUAUUGUUGGACUUGCGCUUUGUGCUUUAGGAAACAUUUGUUCAGCAGAAAUGGCUCGUGAUCUUGCACCAGAGGUUGAAAGGUUGCUGCAAUUUCGAGACCCAAAUGUCCGGAAAAAGGCAGCAUUGUGCGCAAUAAGAAUCGUAAAGAAGGUUCCAGACUUGGCAGAAAAUUUUAUCAAUUCUGCUGCUGCGUUACUUAGGGAGAAGCAUCAUGGAGUUUUGAUCACUGGGGUUCAGCUCUGUACAGAACUGUGUAGAGUUAGCGCAGAAGCCCUUGAAUACUUUAGAAUGAAAUGCACAGAGGGUGUGGUCAGAAGUCUCAAGGACCUAGUUAACAGUCCUUAUGCACCAGAGUAUGACAUUGCUGGCAUCACUGAUCCUUUCCUCCAUAUUAGAUUGCUUAAGCUUUUGCGAGUACUGGGUGAAGGCGAUGCUGAUGCUAGUGACUUGAUGAAUGACAUACUUGCACAGGUGGCUACCAAGACUGAGUCAAAUAAAGUUGCAGGAAAUGCCAUUUUAUACGAAUGUGUUCAAACAAUCAUGAGUGUUGAAGAUAGUGGUGGCCUGCGUGUGCUCGCCAUCAAUAUCCUUGGAAGAUUCUUAUCAAACCGUGACAACAAUAUUAGGUAUGUGGCAUUAAACAUGCUGAUGAAGGCUGUAACAGCUGAUGCUCAGGCAGUGCAGAGGCAUCGAGCAACUAUUCUGGAAUGUGUAAAGGAUUCAGAUGCUUCAAUUCAGAAAAGAGCUCUUGAACUUGUCUACGUUUUGGUGAAUGAAAGUAAUGUGAAGCCCUUAACAAAAGAGCUAAUUGAUUAUCUGGAAGUCAGUGAUCAAGAAUUCAGGCCUGACCUUACUGCCAAAAUUUGCUCUAUAGUUGCCAAGUUUUCUCCAGAGAAGAUCUGGUACAUUGAUAUCAUGCUCAAGGUUCUCUCUGAGGCUGGAAACUUUGUAAAAGAUGAAGUAUGGCAUGCAUUAAUUGUUGUGGUAAGCAAUGCUUAUGACCUUCAUGGCUACACAGUAAGAGCAUUCUACAGAGCAUUGCAAACUUCCGCUGAACAGGAAAGUCUUGUUCGAGUUGCAGUGUGGUGCAUUGGAGAAUAUGGAGAUAUUUUAGUUAAGAAUGUUGGGAUGCUUGACAUAGAAGAUCCAAUAAUGGUGACUGAAUCAGAUGCUGUGGAUAUUCUAGAGAUGGUCAUAAAACGACAUGCAUCAGAUCUUACCACAAAAGCAAUGGCUUUGAUUGCCCUGUUGAAACUUAGUUCUCGUUUUUCAUCUUGUUCAGAGAGGAUCAGGAAUAUAAUCAUUCAGUAUAAAGGAAACCUGAUGCUUGAAUUGCAGCAAAGAUCUGUAGAAUUCAAUAAAAUUCUUGCAAAUCAUCAAAAUAUUAGUUCUGCACUUGUAGAAAGGAUGCCAGUUUUAGAUGAGGCAACUUUCAUUGGUAGGAAAACUGGUUCUAUGCCAGGAGCAGCUUCAACUCCUACAGGACCUUCAGUUAAUAUUCCAAAUGGAGUUGCCAAGCCUUCUGUGGCCCCUCUUGUUGAUCUGCUUGAUUUAAGCUCAGAUGAUGUUCCUGCACCUGGCUCCUCUGGUGGCGAUCUCCUUCAAGACCUUCUUGGUGUUGAUUUGCCAUCAGCAUCACCAUCAGCAUCACAACAGCUGGGUUCUGGUCAAGCUCCGAAAAGUGGUACCGAUGUUCUUUUGGAUCUUUUGUCUGUUGGAUCACCUUCUGUGCCUACUAUAUCAUCUGCACAAAGCCUCCCAUCUACAACAGACAUCUUAUCCUCCAGUAUGAAUAACAAAACACCAAUUUCACCACUGGAUGAUCUCACGUCUCUCUCACUUUCUGCAAGAGCAACUAGUGCUGGAGCUGCUUCUAUGAUGGAUUUGUUGGGUGGCUUGGCCCCUAGCCCUCCAACAGAAAACAAUGGACCAGUUUAUCCAUCCAUAACUGCAUUUGAGAGCAGCUCCUUGAGGGUGACAUUCAGUUUCUCCAAAGAACCAGGAAAACCACAAACAACAAUUAUUCAAGCUACCUUUACGAAUUUGACUUCUAAUACAUGUACAGAUUUUAUUUUCCAGGCGGCAGUUCCUAAGUUUCUUCAAUUGCACUUAGAUCCAGCUAGUGGCAAUGCUCUGCCUCCUAGUGAUGAUGGGUCCACUAUCACACAAAAAUUGAGAGUUACUAAUACCCAACAUGGCAAGAAAAAUCUCGUGAUGCGUAUAAGGAUAGCAUACAAGAUAAAUGGCAAGGAUACCCUAGAAGAAGGACAAAUCAAUAAUUUUCCUCGUGAGUUAUGAUGAGGCCAAUAUUCUCUUAGAUAGCGUGAUAGUUUUCUUUUGGAUUCCUCCUCACUCUCUUUUGGUCCGAAGCCGAUAGGAAGUUAAAGUCACCAAGGUAAGUUCCUGAGUGGUGAUGACAUGGUGAUGCACAGAGCCCUUAGUUUUCUUUUCCUACACAGUUUUAUCACUUUUGCAGUUUCGCCUUUUCAUUUCUUCAAAUGAGAGUCGUAUAGUUGAAGCCUCUGGGACCACAUUAUGGCUCAAAUUUGGAGUCUGCUUGGUGAUUUCAUAUAUAUAUGCUUUUUCUUUCUUUCUUUUGCCUUCUUUUUUCCCCUUCCUAAUUACGUGGUUUAUGUACAUUAUUGCCAAAUAGUCAUGUAUGAAAAUGUUAAAUCAAAUUUUGCCUUAGAGCUUCAUGUGUCACAAUGAGAAACUGAGGUGGGGUGCUUUUCCAAUCUUGCUACUUGCCAGCAAAACAAAACUAUUACUACUAUUUCAUUAAGAUAAACCAGUAGAGUUCAGAAGCAGAGAAACAAAAUAUUAACGUUGAAUGCAAUUUGUUAUUCAUCA